AUGGCGUCCGCCUUUCCCCUGACCCCGGGGAACACCCUCGACCGUUCUACAUCCGCCCCUCCUGUCCCCCCUCGCCCAUUCCAAGUACGAAACGCCCCCUUCACCCUCCCGCACAUCUCCAACCUUCUUACACCCACACCUCUCCCGCGCUUCCCCAACCCGGUUCCUACGGUUCUUCCUUUGCCGCGUCCCGCCAACCCAGACCCCACUCUUCCCUCUGUCUCCUCGUUCCAUUUCGACCCUCCCACAAAUUCAGACGCUUCUUGUCCCGGCUCUUGCACCCCGAUGGCCGUGCGGCUGCCCACCCCUCUUAGGCCGUCCGCUGCCGCUGCCUCAGCCCCUGUGGUUCACUACGUCCAACAGGCCGCCCCCGCCUUCAUUAUGCACGGUCCCCCGCCUUUCGUAGGCGUGUCUUCCGCCGGCACCGAGGGCGAAGACGCGAAGAAGUUUCUGGAACAGGUUGAAACUGCCAUUGACGGCAACCUGUACUUCUACCAACUCCCAAGCGAAUGGGCGGCCUGUUGGGUGCGCAUGCACACCUCGGGCACCGCGAAAAAGUGGAUGGACAAGCAUUGCCGUCUGUCGUGGAAGGAGUUCCGGACUCAGUUUCGCGCGCAUUUUGCAGUGGAGAACCUCCCUGGCCCCGUUGGCGCACGGCACGCCACUCCUGCCAGAGCUCGCGCUGGCUCUUCUUCACUGCAGAAUGCGCGCGAAACCGAGUCCGGAACUCCUCCCACGACAGAUGGCAAUGCUUUUCCAUCCACUUUUUCGCGGUGCCCGAGGUAUGCAUGCGCACCCAACGAGUCGUCCAUUCGUCGGCAAGUUGGUGGGACAUUGACGACACAUCACCCAUAUUGGACAUCUGAAGAUUAA